AUGCGCGGUCGCCUUUGUGUGGGUCGAGCGGCGGCGGCGGCGGCGGCAGUGGCGGUCCCCCUGGCAGGCGGGCGGGCGGGGAGUCCGGGCGGCGGCCGGCGCGGGGGCCGCGGCGCCACCAUGGUGAAGAAGCGGAAAGGCCGGGUGGUGAUCGACUCGGACACGGAGGACAGCGGCAGCGACGAGAACUUGGAUCAGGAGCUCUUGUCGCUGGCAAAGCGGAAACGUAGUGAUUCUGAGGAGAAGGAGCCCCCUGUGAGUCAGCCUGCAGCAUCCUCAGACUCUGAAACGUCUGACAGUGAUGAUGAGUGGACAUUUGGGAACAACAAAAAUAAGAAGAAAGGAAAGGCAAGGAAAAUAGAGAAGAAGGGAACCAUGAAGAAACAGGCCAACAAAACUGCUUCUUCAGGCAGUUCCGACAAAGACAGUUCAGCUGAGAGCUCAGCCCCUGAGGAAGGUGAAGUGUCAGAUUCUGACAGCAACAGCUCCUCUUCCAGUUCAGAUUCAGACUCAUCCUCAGAAGAUGAAGAGUUCCAUGACGGCUAUGGAGAAGACCUCAUGGGAGAUGAGGAAGACAGGGCCCGUCUGGAACAGAUGACAGAGAAGGAGAGAGAGCAAGAACUGUUCAAUCGUAUAGAGAAGAGAGAGGUGUUGAAAAGAAGAUUUGAGAUCAAGAAAAAACUAAAAACAGCCAAAAAGAAAGAAAAGAAAGAAAAAAAGAAAAAGCAAGAAGAAGAACAGGAAAAGAAAAAGCUGACACAGAUUCAAGAAUCUCAGGUAACAUCCCACAACAAGGAACGGCGUUCCAAACGGGAUGAGAAACUAGAUAAGAAAUCUCAAGCCAUGGAGGAGCUAAAAGCAGAGCGAGAAAAACGAAAGAACAGAACAGCUGAGCUCCUCGCCAAAAAACAGCCAUUAAAAACCAGUGAAGUGUACUCCGACGAUGAGGAGGAGGAAGAGGAUGACAAGUCCAGCGAAAAAUCAGACCGCUCAUCUCGAACAUCUUCAUCUGAUGAGGAAGAAGAGAAAGAAGAGAUCCCUCCAAAGUCGCAACCAGUCUCCUUACCUGACGAACUGAAUCGGGUUCGAUUAUCACGGCAUAAGUUGGAACGCUGGUGUCACAUGCCCUUCUUUGCUAAAACUGUCACGGGAUGUUUUGUGCGGAUUGGCAUUGGAAACCACAAUAGCAAGCCAGUUUACCGGGUUGCUGAGAUAACGGGUGUUGUAGAAACUGCCAAAGUUUACCAGCUGGGAGGCACCAGGACAAACAAAGGGCUGCAGCUACGGCAUGGCAAUGACCAACGAGUGUUCCGCCUAGAGUUUGUCUCAAACCAAGAAUUCACUGAAAGUGAAUUCAUGAAGUGGAAAGAAGCGAUGUUCUCUGCUGGCAUGCAACUCCCCACCCUGGAUGAAAUCAAUAAGAAGGAAUUAUCCAUUAAAGAAGCCCUUAAUUAUAAAUUCAACGACCAGGACAUUGAAGAGAUUGUAAAAGAGAAAGAAAGGUUCAGAAAAGCUCCACCCAACUAUGCUAUGAAGAAGACUCAGCUGCUAAAGGAAAAGGCCAUGGCUGAGGACCAGGGGGAUCAAGACAAGGCCAAACAAAUCCAAGACCAGCUGAAUGAACUGGAGGAGCGGGCAGAGGCCCUGGACCGCCAGCGAACCAAGAACAUCUCUGCCAUAAGUUACAUCAACCAGCGGAACCGGGAGUGGAACAUUGUGGAGUCUGAAAAGGCCCUUGUGGCUGAAAGUCACAACAUGAAAAACCAACAGAUGGAUCCCUUUACCAGGCGACAGUGCAAACCUACCAUCGUUUCUAAUUCCAGAGACCCAGCUGUUCAGGCUGCCAUCUUGGCCCAGCUGAAUGCAAAAUAUGGUUCUGGAGUAUUACCAGAUGCUCCAAAGGAAAUGAGCAAGGGUCAGGGAAAGGAUAAAGAUUUGAAUUCUAAGUCAGCCAGUGACCUCUCAGAAGACUUGUUCAAAGUACAUGAUUUUGAUGUGAAGAUUGAUUUACAAGUUCCCAGCUCAGAGUCAAAGGCUUUGGCCAUCACCUCCAAGGCUCCGCCAGCCAAGGAUGGGGCUCCAAAGAGAUCUCUGAACUUGGAAGACUACAAAAAACGACGGGGGCUUAUUUGAGCGCACCCAGCCUGCUGCUUCCGACCCUGCAUGCCCCAUCACAGUGCCCACCUUUCCUCUUUUCCUUUGAUUUGCCCUCUUUGGGCUGGAGCAGCAGUAGAACUGGGAAGAGACUCUAAACUGCCAGUCAUCUGUAAUAUAAACCAUUUACUGUAUAGACCUCCCUUGUCUGCACAUCUCCCACCAACCCCAGGCAGGCCCUACCCAGAGCGGACCUGGGCUCUGGGGUUUUAUCCAUGUCUUUAGAUUUGUGUUUGCCUUUUUUUUUUUCUUUUUUUUUUUCUUUUUUUGCAAACCAGCACAGUUCAUUGGCCACUCUGCACGCAUUCAGUAUUACCGUGGAGCUGAGAUUCUUGCUGGAGCCCCUGGUGGCAGUAGCAGCAGCACUGGGCAGUCUCCUCAGUGGAUUGCCUUGGACCCAACCAUUGAACAUUUGGCACCUGACCUUUGUGGAGGGAGUGGGGACUGGGCACCUGCAGUCCUCCUUCCUCUCUCCUCAUCUUUCUCUCCUUCCCAUCUCUGUGGAAGAGAGGUUUUCAAAACCAAUUUAGUUUCCCAAAAGUGUACAUUUAUGGGGAGGGAGGGGGGUCUAUUUGAGAGAGAGAGAAAAUGCGCGCGCGUGUGUAUGUGUGUGUGCGUGUGUUUUGUGUGUAUGUGUCUAUGUGUGGAUUUUUUUAUCAUUUUUUUAAAAUGCAGUACUCUUUGUAUCUAACAGUCUGUCAUGGGUCUAUAGCUGUUUCAGAUAUUUUUCAGCUGUACUUGAGCAUCUGAAACUGCAAGAAAGAAACUCAUUAAAUGUGAUUCUUCUUACUAAACAGGCCUGACUGCUGUAGCUGUGUAACUGCCCCUUCCCCACCUCCUCUUCCCCAUCACCUCCUCACCUUGGAGAAAACUCCCCAGUCUGGCCUUUGCCCUCUAGGCCAGGGAGGAAAGCCUACGGCCAGGUACCAGGGAAGGUAGUGCAGGUGUCUCGCUGUCCCAUGGAGACCAGGGCCCUCAGCUUCCGGCUGAACGCAGAGUGUAUCUUUUCCCCACCCCUUAUACUUGUCCCUUCCUAGUGAUUCUGUUUUGUUGUUUCAGCAAGAAUAAUGUUUUGUUUUGUUUUUAAGAGCAAGUAUUCAACAUGAAUGUGGAGAGAACGAACACAAAGAUAGGUUGCAGAUGUUACAAGCUUGUGCAGUUUCGUGUGUGUGCCUGUGUCUGUGUGUGUGUGUGUGUGUACAUAUAUAUGGUAAGCAUAUAUAUUGUUGUGCAGCUAGGGUAAAACCAGCAAAGAAGUGUGUGUGUCUUUAUGAAAUGUUUGAAAAGAGAUAAGCGGACUGCUUGAUAAUCAUUCUCAGGUGUAAAGCUCCAAGUGUAAAUAAAAGUGGCAUUUAACAAAUCUUUUCAGAACAAAGUACAGCUGACUAUAUAUAUCAAGAACUAAGGUAAAGAAACAGCUGAGAGCUGCUAAUUCCCACAAGAGGGAGAGAAAUCUAAAAGCUUUGCUUGGUACUUCACCCUACUUUUCCGUAAGGAAGGGGGAUGAUGGGAAUCAUGGAGUUAAGUGGUAUUUAAACAUAAAAAUGAAGUUGGUAACUCUUCUGGGUUGAAUAGAGCCUCAGUGUUGCUUUAACUUAGUUUACACUUUUUUAUUUAAAAAAAAAAAAGCAGCAAUGGAUGGUUUUUUAAAAGUAUUGUGACUGUAAAAUUGAUAAAUAUGACUGUAACACAGCUAUGUGGUAGCUGUGACACAGUUCGGUUGGGCAAAGGAAUGGUGAUGGACUUGUUAAAAUCAUAUAUACUUGAAUAGUCCAUUAACCAAAACUCUUUAUAGGUUAUUGUGUAAAUGUGGAAUCACAGACUGUUAAACAUUGUCUGGACCCUGGCAGAGUCCCGGAGGCUGCUGGGACCUCUCCUAUCAUGACGAACUUGGACUAUUUUUCUUUAUUGUUUUAAAAGACAUGAAAUUAUAGAAUCCAUACAAUUUGCUGGAAUCAUUCUGGUCCACCAUGUAGAUCUGUAUUUAGUAUCAUUUCGAUUUGGAGAAGUGUCAAUUACAUUAUGGCUGUGUAAUAAAAUUUUUAUUAAAACUGCAUCACACUGUAGCCACUUUGCCACAUCCCCACAUGCAGCUGCUGAAAAUUUCCUUCUGAGAUGCCAAACACAGCAGAGAGAAAAGCCAACCGAAGAAGACCCAAAAGUUAACUUAGUGCCUAAGUAGCCUACUUGAUGACUGGAAUUAACACUGAGGACUUGACCCCAGUCACAACUGAAGCAGGGUCUCUGAACUCAAGUCUUGACCAGGCAUAAGAUAUUCAUGGCUUUGUCCCACCAGCUGGAGCCUUUUGGUGGUUAGCAGUAGUUCUUGUG